CAUACAGGCUUUAGAUUCUAUGUCAUAUCAAUGGUAAUAACAGUUGGACUCAUAGCGAACCACCCGGUGGUGCAUCUCUACCACAAAUUACCCAAUUUUGUGGCCAUUUUAUGUCUCUUCGGAAUUGUCUUCUGCGCUCUUCUUUAUGUCAAAGUACUGUUGUGUUGGAAAGCCAAUUACGAGACAUUACCACCAGGCACAAUCAAUUACCCUCUGACGGCCACUACAUUAUUGCAAACCAUAUAUUUGGCUAAAUGUUACUACUUGGAGGACGGCUACAUGAAUGUCAGUUAA